UCUUCUUCUUCUUCUUCUGCUGUUACUGAUGUUGUUGCACCAUUUUCUAAUUGGGACAUUCUUGAUGAUACCCCAUGUAAAUGGUCUUUCAUAAAAUGCAACUUUCAAGGUUUUAUUACAGAAAUCAAUAUUCAGUCUAUUCAUCUUGAACUUCCUUUACCUACAAAUCUUUCUUCAUAUAAGUACCUGAAGAAGCUUGUUAUUUCUGAUGCUAACAUCACUGGUACAAUACCCUUUAACAUUGGUGACUGUUCUUCACUUGUUACUAUUGAUUUGAGCUCAAAUGGUCUUGUGGGUACCAUUCCUUUAAGCAUUGGAACCCUUGUAAACCUUCAAGAUUUGAUUUUGAACUCAAAUCAGCUUACUGGGAGAAUCCCAGUUGAGAUUGGGAACUGUAGAAACUUGAAAAAUCUUGUUCUUUUUGAUAACAGGCUUAGUGGUGGUUUACCAAGUGAAAUAGGGUUGUUGUCAAAUCUUGAAGUGUUAAGAGCUGGUGGGAAUAAAGAUGUUACUGGUAAAAUCCCAAAUGAGUUUGGGGAUUGUGGGAAUUUGACUGUUUUAGGCUUAGCUGAUACCAGAAUAUCUGGUUCUUUGCCUGUUUCUUUGGGUAAGCUUAAGAAUCUUGAAACUUUGUCUAUUUAUACUACAAUGUUGUCUGGUGAGAUACCUUCUGAUUUAGGCAACUGUACUGAGCUUGUGAACUUGUAUUUGUAUGAAAAUAGUCUUUCUGGUUCAAUCCCAUCUGAGCUAGGGAACCUUAGAAAGUUAGAAAAGUUGCUUCUUUGGCAGAAUAAUCUUGUUGGUGUAAUUCCAGAAGAGAUUGGGAAUUGUACUAAGCUGACUAUGAUUGAUUUGUCUUUGAACUAUUUGUCUGGGAGUAUACCAUUAUCUUUUGGUGGUCUUGUUGUGUUACAAGAACUUAUGCUUAGUAACAACAAUGUUUCUGGUUCAAUCCCUUCUGUUCUUUCACAAUGUACAAGUCUUGUGCAGUUGCAGUUUGACACAAAUCAGAUAUCAGGUUUGAUUCCUUCUGAGUUGGGGAAUUUGACUAGUCUUGUUGUGUUUUUUGCUUGGGAUAAUCAACUUGAAGGAAGUGUGCCUUUAACUUUGGGUAGUUGUAGUAACCUUCAGGCAUUGGACUUGUCACAUAACUCACUUACUGGUAGCAUUCCUCCAGGCUUGUUUCAGUUGAAAAAUCUUACUAAGCUACUGUUGAUUUCUAACGAUAUUUCGGGUACUAUACCUCGAGAAAUUGGAUAUUGUAGCUCAUUAGUGAGGCUAAGACUUGGAAACAACAGGAUUGCUGGUGGAAUUCCGAAAGAAAUUGGAGGUCUUAAGAGCUUAAACUUUCUUGAUUUGUCCGGAAAUCGCCUUUCUGGACCAGUUCCUGAUGAGAUAAGUAGCUGUACUGAGCUGCAAAUGGUAGACCUCAGCAGCAAUACACUGGAAGGUCCCCUGCCUAACACUCUGUCUUCACUAUCAGGGAUUCAAGUCUUAGACGUUUCGAAUAACCGGUUUGGAGGGCCUAUACCGGCUAGUUUUGGGCGUCUUGUGUCAUUGAACAAGCUGAUUCUCAGUAAGAACUCGUUCUCAGGGUCGAUACCUCCAUCUAUUGGCUUGUGUUCGAGUCUUCAAUUGCUUGAUCUUAGCAGCAAUCAGCUCUCGGGCAGCAUACCGAUGCAGUUAGGAAAAAUUGAGUCCCUUGAAAUUACUCUCAACCUGAGUUUCAAUGAACUAACAGGUCCAAUUCCUGCUGAAAUUUCUUCACUAAGCAAGCUGUCGAUACUUGACCUUUCGCAUAACAAGCUUGAAGGGAACCUGAAUCCACUAGCGAGGCUCGAUAAUCUUGUCUCACUGAAUGUCUCAUACAACAACUUCACUGGUUAUCUUCCGGACAAUAAGCUCUUUCGACAGUUACCAUCAUCAGACCUAGAUGGAAAUGAAGGUCUAUGUUCAUUCGGAAGGCCUUCGUGUUUUCUCAGCAAUAUCGAUGGAGUAGGAGUAGCUAAAAAUGGAAAUGAUGAGGGAAGGUCAAAGAAGCUCAAAUUAGCCAUUGCAUUGCUAGUCAUCAUGACAAUAGCAAUGGUGAUCAUGGGAACUAUUGCUAUCAUACGAGCACGAAGGGCGAUGAGAAGGGAUGAUGAUUCAGAGAUGGGAGAUUCUUGGGCUUGGCAGUUUACUCCAUUCCAGAAGCUCAAUUUUUCAGUGGACGAAAUACUCAGAUGCCUUGUGGAUACUAAUGUCAUUGGAAAAGGGUGCUCGGGGAUGGUCUAUCGUGCAGAUAUGAACAAUGGUGAUGUCAUAGCAGUGAAGAAGCUUUGGCCAAUAACCAUGACUACAACUAAUGGAGGCAAUGAUGAGAAGUGUGGGGUACGUGAUUCGUUCUCUGCAGAAGUUAAGACGCUUGGUUCAAUUCGACACAAGAACAUUGUUCGAUUCUUGGGGUGUUGUUGGAACAGAAGUACAAGAUUGCUCAUGUAUGAUUACAUGCCUAAUGGGAGCUUAGGAAGUCUUCUCCAUGAGAGGAGCGGUAAUCCUUUGGAGUGGGAAUUGAGAUACCAAAUAUUGCUUGGGGCAGCACAAGGACUCGCCUACUUGCACCAUGACUGUGCCCCUCCAAUUGUUCACAGAGACAUCAAGGCCAACAACAUUCUCAUUGGUCUUGAGUUUGAGCCUUACAUUGCAGACUUUGGCCUCGCAAAACUAGUCGAUGAUGGUGAUUUUGGUCGUUCCUCCAAUACAGUUGCUGGUUCUUAUGGCUACAUUGCUCCAGAAUAUGGCUAUAUGAUGAAGAUAACUGCAAAGAGCGAUGUCUACAGCUACGGAGUGGUUGUAUUAGAAGUCUUGACAGGUAAGCAGCCAAUCGAUCCAACAAUUCCCGAAGGAGUGCAUCUAGUUGAUUGGGUAAGACGGAAAAGAGGAGGAAUUGAAGUCCUCGAUCCAAGUCUACACUCGAGACCAGAAUCAGAAAUCGAGGAAAUGUUACAAGCAUUAGGCGUAGCCCUGUUAUGUGUUAACUCCACUCCUGAUGAAAGGCCUACAAUGAAAGAUGUAGCCGCAAUGCUAAAGGAAAUCAAACAUGAAAGGGAAGAAUACGCAAAAGUCGAUGUUUUACUCAAAGGCUCUCCAACAACAACUACUGAUCAUAAUCAAGUAAACAACAACUCAUCAAAGGGUGUUUUAGCAACAUCUUCAUCAGGACAGAAAGCAAGAAGUAUGUAUACAAUGAGCAAUAACACAAGCUUCUCUGCUUCAUCAUUGCUUUAUUCAUCAUCAUCAUCAAAUGCCAAAAGUGGUGUUUAAGUGAUUCA